CGGCCGGGUUCGGGAGGGGGCGACGCUGAGAUGGGGGCGGCGGCGGCGGAAGCGGAUCGGACUCUGUUUGUGGGCAACCUCGAGACGAAGGUGACCGAGGAGAUCCUUUUCGAGCUCUUCCACCAGGCUGGACCAGUAAUAAAGGUGAAAAUUCCAAAAGAUAAGGAUGGUAAACCAAAGCAGUUUGCGUUUGUGAACUUCAAACACGAAGUAUCUGUUCCUUAUGCAAUGAAUCUACUUAAUGGAAUCAAACUUUUUGGAAGGCCUAUCAAAAUUCAGUUUAGAUCAGGAAGUAGUCAUGCCUCACAAGAUGUCAGUGUGUUGUAUUCCCAGCAUCAUGGUGGAAAUUCAAGCCCUACCGCCACAUCUCCUGGCAGCAGGUAUGAAAGGACCGUGGAUAACAUGAGGACCGUGGAUAACAUGACUCCAUCAGCACAGAUAAUUCAAAGAUCUUUCUCUUCUCCAGAAAAUUUUCAGAGACAAGCAGUGAUGAACAGUGUUUUGAGACAGAUGUCAUAUGGUGGAAAUCACAGUUCUUCACCCAUGGAUCAAUCUGGAUUUUCACCGUCAGUUCAAUCACACACUCAUUCUUUUAGCCAGUCGUCAAGCUCUCAGUGGCGCCAAGAUGCCCCAUCAUCACAGCGCAAAGCCAGGCUGAGUUCUCAUCCCUACCUAAGUGAUAGACAUUAUAGCAGGGAACAGCGUUACUCUGAUCAUGGGUCUGACCAUCAUUACAGAGGAAGCAGAGAUGAUUUCUUCUAUGAAGAUAGGAAUCACAAUGACUGGAGCCAUGACUAUGAUAACAGAAGAGACAGUAGUAGAGAUGGAAAAUGGCGCUCAUCUCGACACUAGCAAGUGUGAGAAGAACAUCGUCUUUAUAGGGUCAUUUUAGGCCCUUUGACUAAGUUGGUCUGGGGCUAUUUUGUUGAAAGACUGUACAGAGCAGCUUCACAAGUUGCUGUAUUUCUUUGUAAGUUUUAUAAGACCAAUACCUACAAUUUAAUACAAGAAUGAGAAGAAUUGUGGUUCCAGUUUUCAUUGAUAACCUUUCACCUCAGGGUUUUUUGAAGAGGAAAGGGUUUUAUGCAGAAGAAAAUGCCACAAUUCCUAAUCAUUUUAGACACUUUAGGGAGGGGUAAAUUUAUAAAUUGGCUGUCUGAUAAAGCAAAUAUUUUAAUUAUUUGUUAUAUUUUUGUAUUGCAAGAAAUUUCUUGUUAGUGAAACGGAUUCUGGUAUAGAUAAUAGGAAACAUCCACAUUGGCAGUCUAAAGUGGGUAUUGAUAUUUUGUUAAAUUAGAAAAUACAACUUUCCAGUGAUUCAUCUUACUAACAUUCUCCUUGAGAAAGCUUAUUGAUAAAGUGGAGCUCAAUCAUUGCUUAACUUAGAAUUUAAGUAUAAAUUCUGGGACAUGCUCUUGAAUUUUACCAUAGUUGAAGAUACAAGUGUAGAUCUACACAUACUAUCUCAUUCUAAAAUCUUAGAAUUUGUUCAUUAAAUCAUGUUUAAUGUAUGACUAAAGUCACUCAGGAAGUUAAAUAUCUCUACAUGUAUAUUUUUACCUUAAAAAUACAGUGUUAGUGUAAAUCACCUUUUUUAGGAAGAACAGAAAUGUCAGUGUAUGGUAAGGUAAAAUGGUAAAAUGUUUUACUGAAAGUAUACUUUUUGGAAAAAAGAUUCAUGAUACCUUGAGGUGCUGCUUCUGUAAACUUUAAAAAUGUUGAAAAUUUUAACGUCUUUAAAGUGCCCAGGACAUGCGUACAAGAACCCAUUUUACGGUGAUUGUACAGGUUGCUUUUUUGUUUGAACCUUUGAAAAUUUAAUCUUAACAUUUCCUGAUUUAAAUUUUUAAAAAUCUUGUUUAACAAGAGUUUUAUGUAUCAAGAUACUGUUUCCUUUUAAUUGCGGAAUUGUUUAUAAAAAUUCCUUAAAAUAUGGAUCCUUUUAAUACCACAUCAUUUGUACUAUGUUGCUUUUUAAUAUAUUAACAUAAAAGGA